CCGCCUUUUGACUCGGUUCGUUCCCCCAAUAUGUCUUCACCGCCAUGUACGUGCGACCCCCCCGUCGUAGACGGCUAUCGAUACAUUCAAUGGAUUGGCACGUACUUUGGCGACUGUAUCCGCACACCAUGGGAGCAGGCGGCUUUUUGGUGCGGAAUGGCAGGAUUGGCAUGUUUUGUCGUAGCAUUGGUGCCGCAAAUGUGGAAAAAUUAUAAGCGCCAAAGCGUUGAAGGACUAAGUCUGGGGCUACUUCUCAUUUGGGCACUUGGCGAUGUCACAAAUUUCCUAGGUACCAUCCUCACAAACCAGACACCCACCAUGAAAUAUACUGGCGCAUACUUUAUGCUACUUUCCUUGGCCUCCUUUCUUCAAUAUUUCUACUACCGACGCAAGGAGCGGAGCAGGCAUAUUUCUGAGGAAGUUGAGCCACUCGUCGCAAGUGAUGAAGAAGUGACUGUAUCUGAACGAAGGGGAUAUGGCACUGUGAAUCGGAUCACGGUCGUAGUAUCCGUUAUGGUCGGAUUGCUGGCAUUGGUAUCUGUGGCCGAGGGCCGCAGUUUGAUGGAAAUAAUCUCCGAGUUACCUUUAUGUGAUGAGACCAUGUCGACCACCCUAUGGAUGCGGAUGGUUGGGAACAUUAUGGCUUGGAUAUCGGGGCUACUCUACUUUUCAAGCAGGAUUCCGCAAUUAAUCCAAAACCACCGAGCAAAAUCCACCGAAGCCCUGAGCCUUACUGUAUUCUUUCUCACGAUCGUCGGAAACGUGACCUACUGUCUCUCGAUCGUUCUACGAAACCCUCCAUUGAACCAAGCUUUUUUCAUAUCCACAGUCCCUUAUUUAAUUGGAAGUGCGGGCACUUUGGUAUUCGAUUUGAUGAUCUUUGGACAGGCUGCUGCAUAUGGACAGUUGUGAAAGUGACUUGCAUGUAUUUAAAAUUUGUUAUUUGGUAUUUAGGGCAAGGGUUUGUAGUAUUUUCCUCAUCGUGGUAUACAGGCCGAGAAAGUCAUUCGCCAGUUGUAAGUUAAUGUAUAUUGUGUAUGCAUCAGAGGAAUAUAGAGGGCGCAUACUUGGUAUAGCAGUCAAGAUGCAAAUGGGUUCCCGUUGAUCCCGGAUACCAUGGUUCAAAUAUGUACGGAUGUUGAAAACCAUAUUUUUGGCGAAAUCGAGCAUUCUGUGAAAUCCGAGAGCAAUAGUUCUACGAUCGAGGUCAUAGAUGCACUUUGUACCAGCUUGAUCAUAAAGCGCUACUCGCACUUUGUCAAUAUACCCCAAAGAACGGGCCACUACAGGAACAGCAAGA